AUGGCUUGGGCCUCCACCCCUGGCAACUACCCUCGUCAGCCCAUGCCGAGCACGGAGAUGACUCCUCCUGACUACCGUAAGUGCCGUUUGUCUUCUCAAAGCUUCUGCUUUCUUUCCCAUAAGCGAGUAUUACCGCAGAAAAACCCUCAAUAUCCCAGCUAUUUAAUAUGUCUGCCCCACAACGAUUAA